AUGGAUAACCCCUGCACGCUCUUGAAAAAAAAAUUGCAUGAGACCAGUAUUGUUCGGCAGAGAUUGGAAGAAAAGAAGAAGAAAAUAAUCAGCAAAUUAAAAAUGGUCAAUGGCGUAUAUUACAAUGCAAUCAAUAGAGACUUGGACAUCUCUUCCUCCAGCCAGUGUCUUCGGUUUCUCCAAGAAACAGUUAUACCGUCUUUAGCAAGUAAUACUGACAACAGUACAUCAAUACUGUAUCAUGGCAUAUCGAAAAAUGAUAACAUUAAGCAAUCGAUAAAUAAGUUAAACAAGCAGAUCAACGCGACCGAUGGAAGUUCGAGCCAACAACAUGCACUUUGUGUAUUCUCUUAUGGUCCACAUAUUCAAAAAAUGUUAAGCAUAUUGGAAAUAUUUAAAAAGGGUUACAUCAAGAACAAUAAAAAACUGUAUCAAUGGAAUAAAUUAACGUCGUUCGAUAUAACAAGAGAGGGCAGAAAUGAACUACAUGAGAAUAGACUCAAGGUUCCGAUUUUAGUUACCCUCGUAUCUGAUUCAGAGAUUACGGAUUUAAACUUACAAUUAUUUACUAAACAAUAA